UGGGAGCGCGCUUUAGGGAUUCUGCUGGCAUCGCAGCGUGGAGAGCAGGAGGCAGGAAUCGGGCGUGCAGGGGAGCGCGGGGCCCUCCCUCGUACACGCUCUGCGCGCUCUCCCCUGCGCACACACUCACACACACACACUCUCUGUCUCAUAAACACACACACACACACACACACACACACACACACACACACACACACACACACACACACACACACACACACACACAGGCACAGACGCUCUUCCUGCUUCGCUCGUUGCCGCUGCCACCAUCUCGGUGCCGAGCCCUGCAGAGCGGGAACCCAAGCUGGAGUAGGGAUUGGAGGCGAGCAGAGCUGGGUGAUGUCGGCCCAGAGCGGAGUCGCGCGUGGACGGUGCGCUCGGAUGCCUCCUGUAUCCACUGGCCCUCAGCUACUGGUUUUAUGAGCAUAAAGUCCAACUGAGCCAGACCCAGGCUGACCCCAGCCAGCUGCACGAAACACUGCCUCGUCACAGGAGUCCUGCUGAGGAGCUGAGAGACUGGAGUGAGGCCUGACAGAGGGGUCCCAAGGCAAUGUCCUGGCUGUCUUGAGUUUGUGGACUGCCCAGCCUCCUGCCCAUCUCUUGGGGUCCUGACCAGCCUUAAGCUGAUUCCUGUCCCCACCUGGUCUGAGGGCUCCUUGUGCUUCAGGACGCGGUCAAGCACUGCAAUAGUUACGUGCAUGCUGAGACCUGAAGGCUGCUGUUCCCCAGGCCUCUGGCAGAGCCUCUGUUUGACUCCCUGUGCCAUCUGACCCAGGGGUCACGUGAGCCUCCCUCUGGGAUCUGGCAUGAAGGAGAAAUGGAUUCUGGAUUUUCCACUCUGGCUUCCCCUGACUUCUCCAGAAUUUAAGAAGCAUCCUGAGGCCUCUCUUGCUCAACCUCAGCCCAGAAUCCCUGAGGAUCAACCCAGAGACCCGAAGACUUCAAGACCUAAAAACACCAAGCCCCUUUCCCUGGACACAGACUGGACAGAACUAACUAGUUCAUCAGAGAAUCACUCUCGGCCUGGGAAGGGGGCAGGGCCUGGCCAGCAUCCCUUUUCUACUUGGUCCUGAGCAGGCCUGCAGCUACAGCUGGGGCCUGGCUAUCUCUAGUCCCUUGGCUUGGAUCCAAGAUGUGGGCAUCUUAGAGCUGAGAGACAUCUUCCAGACAGGCCUCUUCUUGCAAGCCUCCUGUGACACGCUGCCCACAGUGGGGCCAAGGUGAGCGAGAGGAUGCUGGUGGGGGGCGUGAGAAGCAUGCCCAGCCCCCUCCUGGCCUGCUGGCAGCCCAUCCUCCUGCUAGUAUUGGGCUCCGUGCUAUCAGGCUCUGCCACAGGCUGCCCGCCCCGUUGCGAGUGCUCAGCACAGGACCGAGCAGUGCUCUGCCACCGGAAGCGCUUUGUAGCGGUGCCUGAGGGCAUCCCCACGGAGACUCGCCUGCUGGACCUGGGCAAAAACCGCAUCAAGACGCUCAACCAGGACGAGUUCGCCAGCUUCCCACACCUGGAGGAGCUGGAGCUCAAUGAGAACAUCGUGAGCGCCGUGGAGCCUGGCGCCUUCAAUAACCUCUUCAACCUGCGGACGCUGGGGCUGCGCAGCAACCGCCUGAAGCUCAUCCCGCUGGGUGUCUUCACCGGCCUCAGCAACCUGACCAAGCUGGACAUCAGUGAGAACAAGAUUGUCAUCCUGCUGGACUACAUGUUCCAAGACCUAUACAACCUCAAGUCGCUGGAGGUUGGUGACAACGACCUCGUCUACAUCUCCCAUCGAGCCUUCAGCGGCCUCAACAGCCUGGAGCAGCUGACUCUGGAGAAAUGCAAUCUGACCUCCAUCCCCACUGAGGCACUCUCCCACCUGCAUGGCCUCAUCGUCCUGCGGCUACGGCAUCUCAACAUCAACGCCAUCAGGGACUACUCCUUCAAGAGGCUGUAUCGACUCAAGGUCUUAGAGAUCUCCCACUGGCCCUACCUGGAUACCAUGACCCCCAACUGCCUCUAUGGCCUCAACCUGACUUCCCUGUCCAUCACGCACUGCAACCUGACCGCCGUACCCUAUCUGGCCGUUCGCCACCUGGUCUAUCUCCGCUUCCUCAAUCUUUCCUACAACCCCAUCGGUACCAUCGAGGGCUCCAUGCUGCAUGAGCUGCUGCGGUUGCAGGAGAUCCAGCUGGUGGGUGGGCAGCUAGCCGUGGUGGAGCCCUAUGCGUUUCGUGGGCUCAACUACCUACGUGUGCUCAAUGUCUCUGGUAACCAGCUGACCACCCUGGAGGAGUCGGCCUUCCAUUCGGUGGGCAAUCUGGAGACACUCAUCCUGGACUCCAAUCCACUGGCCUGUGACUGCCGGCUGUUGUGGGUGUUCCGGCGCCGCUGGCGGCUCAACUUCAACAGGCAGCAACCCACCUGCGCCACACCUGAGUUCGUCCAGGGCAAGGAGUUCAAGGACUUUCCAGAUGUACUUCUACCCAACUACUUCACCUGCCGCCGGGCCCACAUCCGGGACCGCAAGGCACAGCAGGUGUUUGUAGAUGAGGGCCACACGGUGCAGUUUGUGUGCCGGGCGGAUGGCGACCCUCCACCAGCCAUCCUUUGGCUCUCACCGCGCAAGCACUUGGUCUCGGCUAAGAGCAAUGGGCGGCUCACAGUCUUCCCUGAUGGCACGCUGGAGGUGCGCUACGCCCAGGUACAGGACAACGGCACGUACCUGUGCAUCGCGGCCAAUGCUGGCGGCAACGACUCCAUGCCUGCCCACCUGCAUGUGCGCAGCUACUCGCCCGACUGGCCCCAUCAGCCUAACAAGACGUUCGCCUUCAUCUCCAACCAGCCAGGCGAGGGAGAGGCCAACAGCACCCGCGCCACCGUGCCUUUCCCCUUCGACAUCAAGACACUCAUCAUCGCCACCACCAUGGGCUUCAUCUCCUUCCUGGGCGUUGUUCUCUUCUGCCUGGUGCUGCUGUUUCUCUGGAGCCGGGGCAAAGGCAACACAAAGCACAACAUCGAAAUUGAGUAUGUGCCCCGGAAAUCGGACGCAGGCAUCAGCUCUGCUGAUGCACCCCGCAAGUUCAACAUGAAGAUGAUAUGAGGGCGGGCGGGGUUGGGCGCAGGGACCCCCAGGGGAACACUGGGCAGGGAAAGAGCUGGGUUGCUGCCCGCUCACUACCAGGCCUUCCCACCUCCUCCCUGCCCUCCUCGCCCACUCUCCCCCCCUCCCCCACGUGCCCCUGCUGCCUCGCCAGCCCUCACCGCCUGCUCUCCUUCUACCAGGACUUCAGAAGGCCAGGCCUGAGGACCCCACCUGCACAGGGGCCAGAGUUGACAGUCGAAAGCCGAGGAACCAACACGCGGCAGAGUCAAUAAUUCAAUUAAAAAAAAAGUUACAAACUUCCUCUGUAACUUGGGUUUCAAUAAUUAUGGAUUUUUAUGAAAACUUGAAAUAAUAAAAAGAAAAAAACUAUUUCCAAUAGCUAGUCGGAAUGCAAACUUUUGACGUCCUGAUGGCCCCAGGGCCGCCUUCCAACUCAGUUUCUUGUUUCCUCUUCCUCCUCCUCCUCUUCCUCCUUUCUCUUCUCUUCCCCUGUGGGGAGGGAUCACUCAGGAAAACAGGGAAGGAGAUUCCAGCCCCACCCUCUGGCCCACUCUGCUAGGCACCGUUUGGAGCUCCAGGACCCAGCUCUAGCUGGCUUUUUGCAGGAAGUAGGGGAGGGGACAGGACCGCCCAGUGUGGGCGGGGCCUGUCUGCUGGCUGCCAGGCAGCACUGCCAAGGGGAGGUAGGGCCAGGCUCGGGUGUGGCUGAAACUGGGACGGGCUGGGGUCCUCUUGGGGGAACAGCAGUCAGUGGAAAGAGUCAGGAGCCAGAGGCAGGCCUGAGUCUUCUCCUCUGGUCCCAGCUCUGCUGCUCACUGUUGUGUGACCUCAAGCAGGUCACUAGCUCUCUCUGGGCCUCAGUCUUCACAUCUGUACAAAUGGGAACAUUAUCCCUGCCCUGCCUACCUCACAGGGCUGUUGUGAGGAAUUGAUGAGAUGAUGUAUGUGAAACACUUUGUAAUCUGUAAAGCGCUGUGCACAUGUG